GCCGUCUCCAAACACUUCUGAGAACAACAGCAUUCAAGUGUAAAGACAGCUCCCCGGUUCGGGGAGAUGUGUCUAUUCUGGCCUACCGUCCAAGGACAGGAGUGCGUAAUGCGACGGCCCCCGUACGACAGAGAUGGGUCUCUGGAUUGACUCUGACCCCUCGGCCCAAGGGCAGAAAGGCAAAUUGGAUGGGACUCGACCCUCGUGCCCCGGCUCAAUCAAGGCUCCUCCCGCGAUGAAGCCGCCGCCGCCGCCGCCCCGUUGCAUUGCACGACUAUCCCAGGGCCAGCCAAUGUUGAUUUUCGCAGAGGACCUUUGACUUUCCCGGGUUAUGGACCCCGCGUCUGCUACUCCCAACCGCACGCCAGCUUCGAGAUAGGGCGUCCUCCGCAACAGGACCUGGGGCCCCUUUCCAUGGCUGCGAAGUACCGAAUCCACGACCCCAUUCUCGAUCCUCUGGGUUCCUCGCAGCGGGCCUUGCCCCCUGUUUCCCGUGGGAUGUCACGAUGGCGACAAUUGAACCGCGCUUGAUGCACCUGCUGAAUGAUUCCAACUCUCCCGAGACCUCCAACUACCCCCCGCCCGAUCUUCCCCCGAUACAGAGCUUUAGCAGCUUUGCCAAGUCCUCGAAUUUCUCACUGCCGCCGCUGGAGCCUGAUGCGAGUCAACAUGGGAGGAGUGACAAGUCCGCGUCCAGGGCGCCUCAGCACAUACCGCCGCUGGCCUCCAUCACAGAGGAGUACAAUGGCCGCUAUCCCGAAGGCGGUGCGCUCCGCCACACGGGCGGAGGCAUCUCUCUGCGCAUGCUCUACGACAACCCCGAUGUCAACGACUCGCAGCUCUCGUUGAGCCACAUCCUCGACGAGCCGCCCGAGUCGUUGCUCUCAAACGAGGAUGCGACUAACAAGAAGCGCCAGAGGGCUGUUACCAUCAAGGACGAUAUCAUGCACCUGCCCCAGCCGUUGAAGAAGCAGAAGUCUGCCCAGAACAUCGUCCCACCCAUCAUCAAUGGCUUGUACGAACCCCCACCCAACGCCGCCGUCUUCCCUCCGAUCGCGCUCGAGGAUAAUGAGAACCCCUCGAAUAUCCACCCAUUGAAAGAGUUCACCACCACCAAUGUGAUGCCUAAUGUAGAGCAGGACGCGAGUGAAAAGGCGCCGCCGCCGCCGCCGCCGCAACAGGACCAGAUUGCAACGCCCGAGGCGGAAAAGGGCCUGGCCAAGGUGAAGAGGAAGGCUGCGAAACCGCGAAGGAAAUGGUCAGAGGAAGAGACCAGGGAUCUUCUGCUCGGCGUGAACAAGUACGGGGUUGGAAAAUGGACGAGCAUCCUGGACGAUCCCCUGUACAACUUCAACGGACGGACAGCCGGCGACCUGAAAGAUCGGUUCCGCACAUGCUGCCCGGAUGAGCUGCGCGUCUCGCACAGCAAGAGCAAGGAGAGUCUCAACCAAGAAGCCUCCGCGAGUGCUCCGCCUGCCGAGCCGAAGCUGAAAAGCAAGACGAAGACGGCGCUGCUGCUGGAGGACAUCCUCGCAGAUCCUGAUGAGCCGCAGGCGUCAUCUUGUGACAAGGAAACCGACCAAGGUGCCUCGUCGAGCCUGGCACAAUCAGCUCAGCAAGACUCGGACUCGACCACAAAGCCCAAGAAGAGCCGGGCACACCGCAAGAAGCUGGAGGACCUCCAGAAGAUGGGUAUUCAUGGCCCUUUCAAGAAAUCCCACCGUCGAGAGAGACGGCCAUUCACACAGCAAGACGACGAUCAGAUACUCGAGGGCCUUCAACUAUAUGGGCCGGCCUGGACGAAGAUCCAGCGCGACCCGAGGUUCGACUUGUCUAGCAGACAGCCCACCGAUCUCAGGGAUCGGGUGCGCAACAAGUAUCCCGAUACGUACAAGCAGAUUGAGGAACGGCAGAUCCAGGCCAAAGAAACUGCGCCGACGCCGUCCAGGACGAGGAGUAACCUCAUGGAACCCUCCGUGAACACGAGGGUCAACGAGAACUCGCUGAUGACCUUGGAGCCCCACCUGAACAGGUCCGGGUCCAGGGAAGACAUGAUGGUUCACAGCCACAAGUGGCCUGGGACGGCCACACUACCCCCGCAAAGCUCGACAGCGACCAACAACCCUAACUGUGAGUUGCCUGGUCUGGACUCGUACGCGAAGGAUUCAGCACUGGAUGGAGAUGGGCCUCUAGUCGCCAUGGAUAUCUCUAGGUUGCUACUCGACUGAAGCCGCAAGAGCAGCAAGCCGUAGGCCGCAGUUUUAGGUGGGCCGCAGCAGCAGCAGCCGCGCGACGGGCUGACUCGGCAAGUUCGAGGUCUUUUGCCCUGAACCUAUUGCAGCACCUUGUUCUGUUUCUAGUUCAUCUCUUUAUUUCUUUGGACAUUGCAAUGGGAGUCCGGCGUGGCGAGGGACUUUUGGGACCAGAUAAGGUGGAAUUCUGUCGUUACAAUGGAGCGUGUCAUCUUCAAAUGCUGCGGUCGCAGGAGCCCAGUACGGAGUAAUUGGAAGAGGAUCCCGAGGUAGCCCACAGGAUGCUGGUGCAAAAUUGUCAGUAGGACUGUCAUUCUAGAGUCUAGAGCAAUCUUAGAAUCCAGCGAAGCAAUUUGACUGCAAAAUCUUGC